GAGAAAUCCACCACACACAGAGUCACAGUCUUGGCCAUCGUCGUCGUCGUCGACGUCGCGUCGGUGUAGUCAAAAUCAUUUCUCCAAUCGUGUGGGGCCUAGCCGACGUACGGACGGUUGCUUUCGGACCCAUCGCUCAGUUACGACCAAGAUCUCGCAUGAACCGGACGGUUGGCGCAAAAGCGCAAAAAAACGGAAGGGAAGACCAAGUGUGUGCAAUGAGAAUUACAACAAACCGUACUAAAUCUAUAUCUAAUAGCUGCUGCUGUUGCUACUGUUACUACAUCUAUUGUUACCACUAUCACCGUUGUUGUUGCUGCUAGUACUACUGUUCUACUGUUCGUUGUUGUUUCAACUGUAGAGUGAUCGUGGACUUGCUAGCCGUAGUUCGGGUCACCGUUGCUGUUGUCCACGUCCUCGCCGUCGUCGUCGUCGCCGUUGAUUAAGUAGCACGCCGCGCUAUCGUUUUGUUUUUCUGUCCGCUAAGCUGUUCACAUUAUUUCGGGACCUAGAGAAAUUGCUGCGUUUCGUCGACUUCUUGGUGGUCGUAGCCAGAAAUAAACAACAAGAAGUGUUGUUGAAAGAGUCGUGCUGUCGUCAUCCAAAUUGCAUUGGUCGUCAUCCUCAACCGGGGGUUCAAGAGAGUGUGAGGUGCAGUGAUUCAAACCACAAUCGUUGGUAUAGUGUUCUAAGUAGCGAAGACCGACUUGCUGCGCUAUCGUAGUUGUAAGUUGUAAGUAGUGCACUGGGGGUGCGUUGCGGCUGUAGUGUGCGUUCCGGGCAGACCUAGAAAAGGUGCUGACUGCAACGAAGAAAGUUCUGCUCCACGGUGCGUAGUCAUGCAUUCUUUUGUAGAUAUGUGCGCAGGUAGAGCAGUGCUUCGAUAACUAUGCCCGUAGAUUACCAGUGUUGUAGAUACGUAGACGCGUGUAGCAGAGUAAAUCAAUACAAAAGAGGCGCUUAGUGAAGGGGGUGUGCAGUUGUCGGAGGCCGCACCGGUGUGUCUGGCGAGGUGUUCUGCCGCAUAUGGCAGUGAGGCAGUAAUUAAUAUCGAAAACAGAAAGAAGCGAGUGGUGGUGACGGGAACGCUGAAGCGUGCAAAGUGGUUAACUGUGGAGAAAGGGAAAUCGCACACUUGUGUGUGCAGUGCAAUUGCAUUCGAAUGCAAUCGAUUGUUCGGCCGUCGGCGAAUAAAGAAGUUCAGUAGGUUUAAGUCGCUUAGUAGAGUGGUAGUGGCGUUUAGUUGUUGAACUCUGGGGCAGUAUUUGUGCGGAAGAUCUUCUAGAUCAAAAGAUUGGCGUUUCGGAAACGUCAGCGAAAAAUGCGUCCGGCCUAGCAGCCUCAGUAGUAUUCCGUCGGAAGAUUUGCUCUUUCUGGUGCGCACAGCAUUCCCUUCCGAAUGAUGAGCAAUUUGUCUGUGUUUGAAGUUGUAUAAAAAUAGUGCGUUCUUCGUGUGUUUUGUGGGUCACCAUGACGAGCAGCAGCUGAAAGUGGGAGGCCUAAGUGCGUCAGUUUGGAUGAAGAAGAAACCAGCAGUGUCAUCGCUCCGUCAACUGAUUUUCGCGUUCUUUCUUGUCAGCAGCACAGCUACAGGCCGUGACCGAGGUCGACCCCCGUUGGAUCGUGCUCAAAGUUAGCGAAAACGAGCUCCCAGGAUGUAAAUAAAUACAACCUCCCUCACACUCUCACUCGACGAAUAUCUUACACGGUUUGCCCUCGAGUCUAGCGGAGGCGGAAAAAACAAACAUCUAGAAUCCGAACCCUCCUAAGUGAAGUGUUUGGAUGUAAGCGAAGAUUUACUACGCCACCUUUCUCCAGGUGCACACAUAAUAGAGUAGAGUUUACAUAUGAGCAGUCCAUAUCGAUCAGCUGAAAGUGGUUAUCGUUCCCGUGUCUAAGUGGGUGCUUAGUUCGAAGAUCUUAAUGUUUGUUUUGCCAAUCCAUCUCCCUUGAGAGCGGCUUUUCCUCCCAGAAAUCGCGUAGUGCGUUAGAUAUCCUUGGCCUAGAAGUGUUAGCCGAGAGUUCGCGUAGAAGUAAAAUUCAUCAAUAAUUAGGCACAAAAUUGAUGGCUUCCAGUGCCACAGCUGCCGCCGCCUAGUUGCUGUGGCUGUUGCUUGCGGAUUAAGCUGUGUGGAAAAUCGACUUGCGGUUUGAGUCUGGUUCGGAACCCAACCCGAGGAACCGGCGCGGCACCAACAGGAGGGUCGGUGCGAGAAACGCUGCAAUUAGCAUACUAAAAGGUUCGUAUCCGUAUUGAAAAGAAAAGGGGACAAGUGAUUGGGUGAGUAUGUUUCAGUUGGAAACAUUUUAUGGAAUAUGUCCGUGAAUGUUACAUCCAGAGAUGCCUAGAGAUAGAUCUUUCUGUAUUACACAGAUUGUCGCUUUGUAUUAAAUAAAGAUUUUUGGACUAGCGGAGUUAUUAAGUUUAGCAUGGAAUACAGAUUUUUAUUGGGAUAGAUUUUCCAAAAGGGUCGUACAUAUUUUUUCAAAAAAUCACCUUGCAUUCUUGUUCAUAACCAGACACAAACACAAUUCAUUGCACUAGAUCACAUUAUCAUUGAACUUGAAGAAAUAUCAAUUAUGUCUAGUGUAAAAUUUGGAAAACAGAUCUUAACUUAAAAAUAACUUUUCGAAAUAGAAGCUAAUUGUUAUUUUUUUUUGCAAUAUGGACAGAGACACAGUUUAUAGGCACUCAAACUAAAAAAAUCAAACCAGAUAUCGUACCUAGGUAUUGUAUGCACAGUAGGGCAGUUCAGAUUUCAGUCAUGUUGGAAAUUCAAAGCUCCCAUAUGUUCAUUACAAUCCUUGGUGCAAAGCUAGACUCCUGUCAAAUUUUCAGCCAUUUUGGUGGUGAUUUAAUGGUGGCCCAAGAGCAAAAUAGGUUUGUAUGAGAAUUGCUAUGGAGAAUUUAAAAAAAAGUUCUUUACGUUGUAGAGCAUUCACACAUGGGUCAAGUCAUAGAGUCAAAGCCAAAUUGAAUUCUUCAGAUCUCAAUGAUGAAUGUUGCCGAAGACCGGAACUUAUUUCGACAAUCGGCAAAAAAGAUAUUAAACAAAUUCUCACUCGCAUGCGAAUCUUCUUACACGAUGUCCUGCAAGGUGUGCAAGAAGCUAACACGCAUACUAUGAUUGCGUGUCAAGCGUGGCGGUCGAGCUGUGGUCUGCUGGUCACGCAUGAAUGGAUACAUAUUGAUUAAUAACUUUUGACUCGUGAGUCGAAAUGAGUUGCAGUCUUCGGUAACAUUCAUCAUUGAGAUCUAAAGAAUUCAAUUUGACUUUGUAACCGUGUGUUACAUAAUUAGAAGAUUUUUAAUAUGUGCUAUUUUAUUUGGAUACUGUCACGUCUCUUAGGUUAGUAGGUGUUGGGUUAGUAGGGUUAAUUAAAUUAAAUAGAAAUAAAAUUGUAUGUUUGUUAGUAGGGUUAGUUAUUUUCAAUUUCAAAUGAUGUAAAACAUUACAACGGUACAGAGUGGGUACAAGGAGCAGACAUGUUGGGAUAAUAGUGGGUACAACAUGAUAAGGCGGGCGAAGAUCCUAUACAAAAGGGGUGGUGGAACAAUAGUUGUCUCCAUAUAGAAGGGAUUGUAAGGAUUAAGGCGCAAAACCAAUCCGCCAUCCCUCAAUGUAAUUCUGGCGUUCGUGUGCUUCGGAUCAUUUAGAAGAAAAUUAAAAAGUGUCCCAGUAGUUAUUGUAGUGAGUGGCAAAACCAGUUGGGAGUACACUAAAAGUUAAUUCAGGACCUUUUGUGGUACCUUAAGGUACACCACCGCCAUUUUGUACGCCAACCUUUGGGGUUGGUGAAGCACACGACUCGGCCUAGUGGUCCCUUGCUGGCCACUACGCCUAACCGCAAACGAGUAAACCCGCUCUGGUCUUGCGAGGCCAUAAUAGUUAAGGAGUGAUUCCUCGGGACCCAUAAGGGUGCCCUAACCGUAAAAGAGGACCCCUCUCGGCAGAGUCUAUCCGGCCUUGUCCUGGGCUCUGUCGAUGUCCGUCAAGGAGGGAAGACGCCAGCGAGACACGUAGAUCGCACCAUUCCGUCAAGCCGAUCUACUACAGAUCCAACAGCCAUUUUCCGACCAUCAUUCCACCACCCCAAGCCGUAAAUCCGCCGGCGGACAAGGCCGUCCAGCCCGCAGCAGCAUCGGCGAGCGCUCGUCCACCGUCCAAGACACCAGGCAGAGCAUCACCAACAGUAGCAGUACCGGUACGUCCCCAAUAUUCAAUAAAUAGCCCACUCUAUACCCACAAAUAUCAUAGAUCUCUUAAUAAAUUACACCCACACCAUACAAUCAAUAGUCAUCAAUAAAUAUCUUUAGUUUUCAUUCAAAUUUUACAUAGUUUUCCCCUAACCCAAGAAAGGUGACAGUACUCUGCACGCUGGUCGCGAAGCCCCUCCGAUUGCCCAGUAGUAAGCCGACCUUGAGACACAGCUCUAAGGGUCACUUGCUGCUGUAGUAUUACCGCGAGUUUUGUCCGGGUAACACUUGGCGCCCAACUACAACACACGAAAGGUAAUCGGAGGAUCGUGUAGAAUUUAAAAAUCUGAAGAUUUUUUAACAGGCGGCAGGAGAGUACGCAAACUGUCGGUUAGCGUAGGAUCCGUGCACUUUGCAACACCGCUCGAAACAUAUUAGGAACUUUUUUUUAAAUUGAAAGACAGUGGCCAGUUUGGUGAGUCGGAAAAGAGCGCUAAAGCUUUUGCGCCAAAGAAAAAUUAGUUAAAAUUUCUAAAAAUUGAACUUCGACAAAUAACACGAUUAGAAUAAGUAACUGAAUUGAUAAAGGUCCUGAAUUGAACAUCAAAAUACACAAAACACAAAAUCUACUACAUUUAUUUUCGUUUGAUUUUCUAGUUUAAGUUGUUAGUGAAUUUUUCUGUAAAUAUUUUAUUGCGUUUUUAUUUUUGAACUUUGAACUUUUUCCUUGUGUUAGUGUAACUGAAUUUGAAUUUUAUUUGCUUUUUUAAAAUGGAUUUCCAAUCGUUGCUUUUACAAUAUCGUUCGAUGAACACUGACCAUCUGCUCGAUGACGAGUUGGAGUAUGAACUGGUCAUUCGCGGAGUUGAAUACUCAAGCGGGGAAUCGCGUGACCUGAAGAAACGGAAAUUGCGGCACAAGCUGAAAGAGCAACGUGAAAUUAGUGAUUUUUCAAUGGAAGUGAUAGAUUCUGAGGAAGGAUGCAAGAAAGAGCUGAUGCAGGUAAAGGAGAAGUUGACCAAGAUCCGCGAUAAGCUUGAGAACAGUAGGACGAAGAAAACCGAUAUGUCGGCAGUGCAAACCAGGUUGAUUCACCUGUACUACCGAUUGGAUAGGCUGAAGGAUAUGGUAGAUGUGAAAGGGUUAGAAGGCGAGGUUUUGAGGCUGUUGAGUUCCUCACGGAACGAAAGUCGUGAUGCAGGUCAAACUGUAGACGACAGAAUCAGUAGGAAUCUGAUGGGUCUUAGUAUCCAAGAAAAUGACGACCCCGGUGAUGUAGAUUGGCAGGAGGAAGACUAUUCAAGUGGAAGUACUCGCGAAGAUAAACGGAAAAAGAAAGUAGGCAGAAAGAAGAAGAUUGGCAAGAAGGCGAAAGCGAAAGCUAUAAGCCCAAAGAAAAAGAUUAGUAAAGCGAAAAGUGUAGGGAAGUCUGAAGAAAUGCUUAAGAAGUUGAUAGAUCAUGUGGACAGCUACAUUGAGGAACGACUAAGCAGAAUGAGCGAGGAAAGGGAUAGAAAAUCGUCCGGGUCUGUCGAAUCACACGAAGAUGUACAUCACGUUGUCCAGUUAGGCAAGAAAAUGGGAAGUAGGGAAGAGAAAAAGCAGCUUCGAAAGGAAAGGUUUGUCGACAGCGAGUUUGAAGAGGAAAGUGUUUCGGAAGCGGAGUCAGGAAGCUCGCGAGGACUCAGGCGUAGACCUCGGUCAGUAGCAGACUGGAAACUGCGAUACGACGGGAAGGACGAUGGGAAGAAGCUGAACAAGUUCAUCGAAGAGGUGGAAUUCAUGGCGGAAGCGGAGGGCCUGAGUAAACGGAUGUUGUUCAGCGAGGCCAUUCACCUGUUUGCGGGAGAUGCCAGGACGUGGUACAUGGACGGCAAAAGGAACAGGGAUUUCUGCAACUGGGGCGAGCUUGUUGCGGAAUUGAAGUUGGAGUUUCAGCCUCCGGAUAUGGACUUCCACUACGAGCAACAGGCUGCGCAGCGGAGACAAAGGCGUGCUGAGAAGUUCCAGGACUACUACAAUGCGGUAGUCGAAAUCUUCCGCUACAUGGCUGUUCCGCCGUCGGAGGAAAGGCAGUUCGACAUCGUCUUCCGCAACCUUCGGUCCGACUACAAAAACGUGUUGGUUGUGAAAGGAGUCCGGACCUUGAAAGCCCUUCGACAGUGGGGAAGGAAGCUGGACGCGGUCAACAUGUGGAUGUACAGGGGCAGAGACCAGGAAUCUACGCAGAAACCGGCUCAGGUGCAUGAAGUUUCAGCGAAACCGUUCCAGAGUAGGAACCAGUCCGGUGGAAAAACCUGGAAGGCACCAGAUCCACCUCAAAGUAGUAGAGAGCAGAAUCGUCCGAGCUGGAAACGAACUCCGGAUAAACCAGGAUCAUUCCCAUCGAGGAAGCAGAGUGCUCCAGCCGACGGAGAAUGUAAGGAAAGUCAACCGGAAUCAAGCAGGCAGGCGUUGGAAAAACGAGUCGCGGAGUACAAGGUUCCGGAUAGGACAACGUGCUUUAACUGCAGAGGAAAGUUCCACUACCAUUCAGCGUGUUUAGCUCCGAAGGAAGUCUUUUGUACCAUUUGUGGCUUCCACAAUUAUAGGAGGGACAAUUGCCCAUAUUGUGCAAAAAACCCGAAAGGAUCGGCGUAGGAGGUCGUCGAGUCCCAUUGAAAAAGCCUCCGACAGUAUUCGUUCCAUAUUGCUCGGAUGUUAGCGAGUUGCUCGUGGAGGUAGAAGGAGAUAAUCGGCCAUUUGCAGGUGUAGAUGUGUUGGGUUUGCGAUUAGUGGGAUUAUUGGACAGCGGAGCGCAGGUAUCCAUCCUAGGAACCGGUAGUGAGAGUUUGAUUCGAAAGCUGAAGUUGAAGGUUUUCAGCACCGAAACGAAGGUUACAACAGCGGGAGGAAAUCAGUUGGCAGUUAAAGGCUACGUGAACCUGCCAGUAACUUUUG